GGUUAGUGGAGGAGCUGUUUCUGUGCGUCGCCUAUACUGUAUGCCACUGCAAACAUUGCUGUCAAAACAUUUCCAACACCUUUCUCUUGUAUGCUGAAGGUGGUGUUCGUUGUCCAGCGAAUUCUGCAGUGCCCGAGGAAUAGGGCGACUCCAGAAAGAGCGAGCCACUAUGGCGUGGCGAGCGGCAAUGGUCCUAAUUGCGUUCCUGGCGCUGGCAGCAGAUCAUCAGUACUGCAGUGGCAAUACAGAGAUGACCUUAAAGGAGCAAUGUGAAACUCGGGACUUUCAGCUCACAACUGCUCCCAGUAACACAUUCGUGGUGCCAAACAAGGCCAACAAAUUCAAUUUCAAUAAGAGGGGAAAGUGUGUUGUUACUUCCAGAUUCAAAUGCAAUUUUGGCUAUGGUUUUACAACAGAUGAUGGAAUGACCUGGGCUCAGAGAAUCAAAUUUGAAUUAGACGGCAGUGACUGGAUUAUCCAGAACGAUUGUAUAAAGAUCACUACUUAUUGCCCAGAGCCAGAUAGUGUGCUGAAUGGAAUACAAGCUGACAGUGACAACAAUGGCCGUGCACUCGGUUCAACACGUACUUUCCGGUGUGAGGAUGGAUACAAGCUGAAAGCUGGAAAUACUGCUUCCAUCAGAUGUACUGAAAACAUGUCCAGAACAGGGCUCUGGACACAGCUUCCUGUGUGUGAAGGGAUAACAUGUGAAAAUCCUGGUCAACCUACCAAUGGUCAAGCUACAAAUACAGGAUUUGACUUUGGAAAGACUGUAAGAUACACUUGUAACCAAGGUUAUGAGAUGGAGAACAUACCAAGUGGUGUACUCACAGUGGCAUGUAAAGGAACUGGACUAUGGUCUCAAGCCAAACCUACAUGUCAACAGAUCACUACUUAUUGCCCAGAGCCAGAUAGUGUGCUGAAUGGAAUACAAGCUGACAGUGACAACAAUGGCCGUGCACUCGGUUCAACACGUACUUUCCGGUGUGAGGAUGGAUACAAGCUGAAAGCUGGAAAUACUGCUUCCAUCAGAUGUACUGAAAACAUGUCCAGAACAGGGCUCUGGACACAGCUUCCUGUGUGUGAAGGGAUAACAUGUGAAAAUCCUGGUCAACCUGCGAAUGGUCAAGCUACAAAUACAGGAUUUGACUUUGGAAAGACUGUAAGAUACACUUGUAACCAAGGUUAUGAGAUGAAGAACAUACCAAGUGGUGUACUCACAGUGGCAUGUAAAGGAACUGGACUAUGGUCUCAAGCCAAACCUACAUGUCAACCGGUAACAUGUGGAGAUCCUGGUCAACCUGCCCAUGGUCAAGCUACAAGUACAGGAUUUUAUUUUGGAAAGACUACAGUAUACACUUGUAACCAAGGUUACGAGAUGAAGAACAUACCAAGUGGUCAACUCACAGUGACAUGUACAGCAACUAGACAAUGGUCUCAACCCAAACCUACAUGUCAACCGGUAACAUGUGGAAAUCCUGGUCACCCUGCCAAUGGUCAAGCUACAAAUACAGGAUUUGACUUUGAAAAGACUGUGAGAUACACCUGCAACCCAGGUUUUAAGAUGCAGAACAUACCAAGUGGUGCACUCACAGUGACAUGUACAGCAACUAGACAAUGGUCUCAACCCAAACCUACCUGUCUACCUCGAAAAUGUCCCACUCCAGGAACACCUGCCUCUGGACGAUAUCAUGUAGUACGGCAAAGGCAAUAUGAUAGUAGACGUCCUUUCCAGUAUGGUGACACUGUUAGAUGGGUGUGUGAGACAGGAUUCACAGGGAAUACCAGUGCUGAUUGUCGAGCAGAUGGUAGAUGGAGCAAGAACACACCGACCUGUACACGUAUAAGUUGUCAAGACCAAGGACAGCUUGCCAAUGGAUAUAGCACAUCGACAGGUCAACAAUUUGGUAGUACAGUAACAUAUCAAUGUCAUACAGGCUUCUACAUGGUGGGUUCUGUAACUGCACAAUGCAUGGUCAACAAAAUGUGGUCUCAUAAUAAACCCACUUGUUUACCCCGGACAUGUCCUGAUCCAGGCAGUCCUACAUUUGGCAGCUUCUCUGUUCAAAAGGGAAUACGGCGUGCCAGUCUGACACCCUACCUGUACAACGACACUGUCACAUGGACAUGUGAUAUCGGCUAUUCUGCAACUGGACCUACUACUGCUGUGUGUCAGGCUACUCAAACAUGGAGUAACAACCGCCCAGGCUGCCAAAGGAUAACAUGUGGAAAUCCUGGUCGACCUGAAAAUGGCCAGGUUACGUCUAACGGAUUUGAUUAUGGAAAGACUGUAAGAUACGCCUGUAACAGAGGUUAUAAGAUGCAGAACAUACCAAGUGGUGUACUCACAGUGACAUGUACAGCAACUAGACAAUGGUCUCAAGGCAAACCUACAUGUCUACCCCGCCAAUGUCCCAUUCCAGGAACACCAACAUCUGGACAGUAUUAUGUAGAACGGCUAGGACAGAGUCUCUGGAAAGGUCCUUUCCAAUAUGAUGACAUUGUUAGAUGGGUGUGUGAUACAGGAUUCACAGGGAAUACCAAUGCGGCAUGUCGAGCAGAUAGUACAUGGAGCAAGAACACACCAACCUGCACACGUAUAAGUUGUCAAGACCAAAGGCAGCUCACCAAUGGAGAUAGCACAUCGACAGGCCAACAAUUUGGUAGUACAGUAACAUAUCGAUGUCAUACAGGCUUCUACAUGGUGGGUUCUGUUACUGCACAAUGCAUGUCCAACAAAAGGUGGUCUCAUAAUACACCCACUUGUUUACCCCGGACAUGUCCUGAUCCAGUCAGUCCUUCAUUUGGUCACACCUAUUUUCGAAAGGGAAUACAGCGUGCCAGUCUGAGACCCUACCUGUACAACGACACUGUCACAUGGAUAUGUAAUAUCGGCUAUUCUGCAACUGGACCUACUACUGCUGUGUGUCAGGCUACUCAAACAUGGAGUAACAACCGCCCAGACUGCCAAAGGAUAACAUGUGGAGAUCCUGGUCGACCUGAAAAUGGCCGGGCUACAACUGACGGAUUUGAUUAUGGAAAGAGAAUAGUAUACACAUGUGACCUAGGUUAUAAGAUGCAGAACAUACCAGAUAAUACGCUCAUAGUGGAAUGUGAAGAAACUGGACAAUGGUCUCAACCCCAACCGACAUGUCUACCCCGUCAAUGUCCUGUACCAGGAACACCAACAUCUGGACAGUAUUAUGUAUACCGGCAAAGAUACCGGCAAAGGCAAUAUGUCAGGAGAGGUCCUUUCCAAUAUGGUGACAUUGUUAAAUGGGUGUGUGAUACAGGAUUCACAGGGAAUACCAGUGCUGAUUGUCGAGCAGAUGGUACAUGGAGCAAGAACACACCAACCUGUACACGUAUAAGCUGUCCUGACCCUAGUGCACCUACCAAUGGUGACUACACAGUGACUGGCUUGAAGUACGAGGAUACAGUUACGUACACCUGCAGACUUGGCUACGACAUGCAAAAUCAUCCAAAUUCUUCUCUUACCGGGGUGUGUAUGGCCAAUAUGAUGUGGUCCCGCACAAAACCCACAUGCGAGAACAUUCGACGCAAUUCAAGCAGUGCAAAGCUUGUUACUCGGAUAAAACAAGAGGUCCUCAGCACAUAUGGGAGCAUCCUCCAGGCAUUAUCGGAUCUUCAAGUCGUUGUGACCAAUUCUGCUCAGAAAAUGCUAUCAUGGAGCUAGACAUAACCUUGCAUUGCCCUGCAAGCCAUCUCUGAAACGUUUGAAUAUUUUCGGAGCAAUGUCACAGUCCCAUCUGCCACCCAUAGCACUCUCCAGAGUGUAUCAGUCUAUGCACAGUAGUCGCACGUCACCGCAUAAUCCAUGCACAGUAGUCGCACGUCACCGCAUAAUCCAUGCACAGUAGUCGCACGUCACCGCAUAAUCCAUGCACAGUAGUCGCACGUCACCGCAUAAUCCAUGCACAGUAGUCGCACGUCACCGCAUAAUCCAUGCACAGUAGUCGCACGUCACCGCAUAAUCCAUGCACAGUAGUGGCACAUCACCGCAUAAUCCAUGCACAGUAGCCUAUACACUGUAACCACACUCCAUCCUAUGACGGUCUACACAGCAUAUUCUUAGUUUUGCUUGUAUCAUGUGAGUGCACAAUGUCUGCUCAUAGUCUCACACCAGCAAACACACUACAGUAGCUUCAUUAGAAGAAAAAAAGAUAAUAUACACAAUCGGGGUUUUUUUCUUCCAUUUCUAAAAGCUAUUCACUUUAUUUCAAUUUCGCACCACUCUCGCAGAAUCUCAAAACCUUCAACGGUGUUUAGUUUUAGCCUGCCUAUUCUUAUGAAUAUGUUUGCUUCAUUUUGAUUUCGUUUUCUAUCGUUUGAGGCGGUGCAAUUCGUAUAUCUUGUGUUGAAACUGCUGUCGUUUGUUUCUUUGCA